UGCAGCAACCUCACCUGGGACCACUCAAGCCGAAGAAAGCAGGAUUUCUCUGUGCUGGUUCCAAUCAGGUCUAGGAGAUACCAGAGACUUUAAGGAGAAACUGGAAAGGGCUCCGAGGGCCUUGAAAUCAAAAAGAGGAAGAUGUCUUCUAAAUGUGUGCGGCUGCUCUUUCUGCUGAGCUGUGUGGCCGGCCCCGAAGUCCUGAGUGAUAUCUUGAGACCCAGCUGUUCUUCGGGAUGGUUUUACUAUAGGUCCCACUGCUAUGGAUACUUCCGGAAGCUAGGAACCUGGUCUGAUGCUGAGCUGGAAUGUCAGUUACACGGAAAUGGAUCCCAUCUGGCAUCUGUCUCGAAUCAAAAGGAAGCCCACGUCAUAUCAAAGUACAUAACUUGGUAUCAAAGAAACGUGCCUGUGUGGAUUGGCCUGCAUGACCCACAGAAGAACCAGUUAUGGCAAUGGAUUGAUGGGUCUGCACACCAGUACAGACCCUGGACUUCCAAGACAAAGAGUGAAGCCAGGCACUGUGCUGAACUGAACCCCAAGGAGAAAUUUUUAACUUGGAACAAAAAUGGAUGCAACACACGCCAGCACUUCCUAUGCAAGUACAGGCCAUAGUGCAAGAGUCAAGCGUCUACCAGCCUUUCAUAAACUCUUUCUGCUUCCCUCUCACCUGGUGGCUCAUUUAACCAUUCUCUGAGAGAGUAAACACAGCAGCCGGCACUGACAGACCUCCAGUGCAGUGGCUAUCAGGCCCAGAGAAGUUAGCAUGGGGGGACAGCAGCUUCUGGUCUCAGAGCUUAGCAUGGGGAGACAACGGCUUCUGGUCUCACUGUUUACUCCUUUCUGGUACUUUUUUUCCCUCUCACUGUCUCAUACAACUAGAAAUGUGCUUCCUGAACACUGGGUUUCUGUCAAACCAGUAAAGUUUUGGAGCCAUAAAAACAGCCAAGAGUGA